UAUCGUUACCCAAGCCUGUUAACACAAGCGAGUUACACUCAUGCAUAAUGCUCGCAUACAUUCUCAUACGCGUAUCAUAUUCACGUCUCCAACAUGGGGCAAAACAUAUAAAUAGUGUUUUUUUUUUUUUGGUUUAUUAAAAGGAAUUUUUGUUUAGUGACCAUGAGAAUAUCGAAUGAAUUGUGCCGCGGAUAAGAAUUUAAUACAAUCCGUAUAAUUAGAUAAGACAUAGGAAACCAUCACGAGGUCGAAAUGACUCGAUUUGGUUUACAGUGAUUAUAACCUAAAAUCACAUCGUAUUAAAUUCGCUGUUAUUGUUGAUCAGCGAAUCCAACUUGUAUUUGUAAAUAACCUUAGUUACGCAGGUUUUAAUAAAAUUUCCGGUCUAUUAACAAGCAACGAUUCUGUUGCUCAUGUCUUAAAUGUUGAGUCUGACGCUCGAUACAAUUAACAUAUCACCAUCAUCGUCAUCAUCCGCGGCCGCGUUAAUACCUGGCGGCGAAAUCGUUAUGUCGGGGGAUCACAAAACUGUCAUGAAAGGAAACCCGUCGCAGUACGUCAAAUUAAACAUUGGCGGUUCCCUUCAUUACACCACCAUUGGCACGCUCACCAAACAUGACACUAUGUUGCGAGCUAUGUUUAGCGGUCGGAUGGAGGUUCUUACAGAUUGCGAAGGCUGGAUCCUAAUCGAUCGGUGUGGCAAGCACUUUGGCACGAUCUUAAACUUUUUGCGGGACGGUUCAGUUCCGCUACCUGAGAGUGUGAAGGAGAUGGCAGAGCUGCUGGCCGAGGCAAAGUAUUAUUGCAUCGGCGAGCUGGCUGAGUCGUGCGAACAAGCGCUCCAGCGGAAGGAGCGGGAGGCUGAACCCAUCUGCAGGGUUCCACUUAUCACCUCCCAACGUGAGCAGCAACUCCUUAUCAGCAACACAACAAAACCUGUUGUUAAAUUGCUGAUUAAUCGUCACAACAACAAGUACUCUUACACGAGUACAUCAGAUGACAAUCUGUUGAAAAAUAUAGAACUGUUUGACAAGAUGUCGCUCAGAUUUAGCGGCAGGGUUUUGUUCAUUAAGGACGUAAUUGGGUCGAGUGAAAUUUGUUGCUGGACUUUUUAUGGACAUGGUCGUAAGGUUGCCGAAGUUUGUUGUCAUUCUAUCGUCUACGCGACAGAUAAAAAACAUACAAAGGUUGAGUUCCCGGAAGCGCGUAUCUACGAAGAGACGUUAAAUAUCUUACUUUACGAGCAUCGAAAUGUACCUGAUCAGGAAUUAAUGCAGGCAACAUCUUCACGUGGUGCUGUGGGAGGAGGGCCUCCUUGCACUUCAGACGAGGAAGAAGGAGAAAGAUCGGGACUUGCCCGACUGCGAUCAAAUAAGCAAAACACUAACUGACCCCAUCCGAAUCACCUGAUGUCACCCCAACCAGCUAUUCUCAAUGUAGUUCGUUCAUUCAAAACACGAGCCAACAAAUAACCUACGAAAACGAAAAAAAAAAAAAACAACUGUUCAUGAAAGAACAGUAUUGUUGUUUGUACAAGCGUUAAUAGUAACUUGCGAUUAUCUACACUAUACUUCGGAAUCGCGUUAAUUUUUAUCGUAAUUUUAUACUCUGUAACAUCUGUUGACCACAUUAGGGUUCCAGUCUAAAGUGCAUCGACCAGUUUGUAUUAAACUAAAUAUCUGUUAACGAGGAUUGAACAAGGCUGCCACAUAUAUGUCGCAAUAGUUGUCUAGAUUUCGUGAAGUUUUCUCCUUUUUUCAAUUUGUACUUGCAUAUAUUGUUAGACUGUUUGACGCAUGAUUCGGAGUAUUUACUGCCAAUGAAAUAUGUUUGUAUAUUGAAAGGGAGUGCGAGAGUGAGAGUGAAACAGAGAUAGAGAGAGGGAGUAAGAAUGUGUGUGUGUAGAAAAUUAAUGGCGCUAGCCAGCCCAGGCUUUGAAAAUAUAGAACGUAAUUCGUUGACGUUUAAAGUAUUUUAAUUACUAUUUUGAAUAGCGGAAUCAGAUUUAAAAUUCAUUAUUUAUUUUUUUAAUGUACUUUAUUACAUUGAUUUACAACAUUCCAAUGAUUGUACAAAUCUUUUAAGCACUGCGCCCUCCUUACACAAUCAUUAGUAUCUGUUGAGCAUGCCGUGAAACAUGGAGCAAUGGGUACUUAUUUAUUAACUCAUCAUUUCAUUUCAAAACCAUUUUUCUGAGCUUGUGCUGGCUGUUAAAAAGGGACCAUAAGCGUUAAACUUCCUUUGGGCCAAUCUCGCAAACAGCUGAUAUUUUUUCUUUUUUCCUUUCUACUGUAUUCGAAAGGUUUAAAUCCGUUACAAAGUAUGGGGGAUGAUAUAUUGUUAUUUAGUUAGCAGAUAAAUCUCAAGUCUCGAUUGACAGGAAACCUAGCUCUUUUCAUAAGUACGUACCAAGUUUAAUCUGAAACUAAUUAAACGGUCCUGAUUGUGCCGAAGGGAAUGGAGCAUGAAAUUGAAACAAAAGAGGAAACAGAGGAACUCAUUCUGAACAUUAAAUUUUUUUCCCCGAACUAUUUGGUAGUAAUUUGAAAAUAUUCUUUACUAUCGGUCGCAAGCCCUAGAUGGUUCAAAUUGUAUAAUUAAAAAAUGAGAUUCUAAACUCAUGGGUAAUAACAUUAUUUAUCACUUAAUUAAUAAUAUUUUAAAUUGGCCAUCGACGUUAUAUCUACUACCAUUUAUUCCUAAGGACAAUCAUAAUCGUUGCUCCUAAGUCAUAGUAAGACAAUUUAUGUGAUAUUUGAAUAAUACCAUAAUUUACGCUGGUACUUUGCAAUUUUUAAGGUUACAUACAAAACCGUCAAUAGUUGAGAUUUUGUUCUUGUCAGUUAUUUAUAUCAACUACACAGUAGCGCACAAAGUUUAACUAGAUUUGCAGUUCAGACUGGUUCAUUUGAAUCUAACAGAGACAGUUUAAUUGUUCCCAAUUUCUUAAUCACAAGUGUAAAUGUACAAUAACGUUCUUUAAUUUGGUUUGACCUUGUCCACGUUCUUUUGGUUCAAUCACUACAUGAAAUGAUCAAAUUUUCGCAAUUAUAUUUGAUUGACAUUGAACUUCUCUUUCAUUUUUGUAUUUUCUUUCACACUUGACACGCUUUAAUACAUUUCACCUUUAUUAUUACUAUUUUUGUUUUCUAAUGUUACAAUGACGUUGAUUUUCAGAACUUGAAUUUGAUGUUUAGGUAUAAGCUAGUAAUUUUUAUUGCGGCUGAAACCUUGAAAAACAUAUCAACGAUUUAAUUUUUGAACACAUUUAAAUCAGCAGCCGUCAGUAUUCAGUAACAAAACAGUAGCGCAGUACUCUACAUAUUUUUAUUUCAUAAAUCGGUUUAUGCAUAAUAUUUUUACUACAAUUUAAAAAACCAUUAGUAUGCAAAUCUGUCUGAAUAAAUUUUGAGCAAUUAAUGAUCUUUUUAAAGCAAAUGAAUAAAGUACUAAAUUCAUUAUGUUGACACUGUUAGCAUACCAUGUAAAAAAAAACGUGCGUGAAAAUUAAGCCUAAAUAUUUCUUGAUAAUGCUAUAGCGUAUUUAAAGAUAACUAUGUAUUUAUUUAUUACUGUAAAAGAGGAAAAAGGAAGCGAGAAGACGAAAUGCGUUGUGUCUUGGGAAAUUAGCGACGUCGUAGCCGUAAACGUGGCAUAAUAUCCCAGUGUGGCACACAUUCAUAUAAAAAUUCUUCCAUACUUUAAAUACAUUCACACCAUUCGAAUAUCAUUUGAUUUCUGUAAAUGGUGUUUUUAUUUCGAUUGAAAAACCUUAUGCUCAACACUGAGUGUGAAUGGUAAAAAUUAGAGAAUGUAUUAGACAUUGACUAUAUGUACUGCAGUAGUUUUAUCAAACAUGCAGAAUGCAGGGGAAUGCAUUAUCUAUAGUGCCAAAUUCAUUUCAUAAGUGUAUAAUCGUCAUUCAAAGCGUGAGCAGUUUUUUUGAAUGUGUGAGAGCAAUUGUAUAAAACUGGCGUCAAAUAUAUGAUUCGAAGAUAA